AUGGCGCUUACACCAGCACUUGCAUGCGACUUCUUCAAUAUCGGAAGAGACUGUACCUGGGAAGGGUCGUGGCCCGUCUGUGGCACGACGAAGGACCCUCUCGGCAUCACGGUCGACGGUCGUACGCUGGUUGAAUGGACCAGAGACAGAGAUUGGAAAGAUAUCUGCAAGAAGGGAAGAAGUCAUGAUCACGACUGUUGCAAGCACUAUGGCCAUUACUGUGUUUCUGGCUAUAAACGGCUUUGGUGCAAGCACUACACCGGACCGAAUCCCAUUGAUAUCGUGGACGAUGUACUGGACAGUGUACUGCCGGUGGUGGUGCCUUGA